AUAAGAUUAGAUAAAAUGGGUAAUAACCAAUGUCUUGGAUCACGAAGAAAAAUGGAGAAACAAAAUAUCGAAGAUGCAGAUCCAUUGAAGAGGAGUAAAGUAAAGUUUGGAAAAACUGAAACUGAGAUAUUUGAAGAGUAUAAAAAGAGAUUUCACAAAGACUAUAACCCUGCAGCUAAGUUGUUCGAAGAGGAAAAUCAUCUUGAAAAAGAAUCCAAAACUCCUCUUACUAAGUUGGGAUGUACCCAAAUGGGAUCUAAGCAAAAUAAGAGUUUUAAAUGCCUGACCCAAAGAGCUAAAGAGCCCUUUAUUUUGAGAAGAGAGCUAGAGGUCGGCCCUCAUAAACUGAAUUUUGAUGACUCAGAAGGAGAUACUUAUAGAGUCGAAGAUCCUAUAUUUCUUCAGUACGGAUCUAUCGAAGAAACCGAAGAUAUCAAGUCAUUUGGAAUCCCAAGUCAGACCUAUCAUUCAAGAAAUAUUUCAAGAUCAUCGUGAAGUGUAUCAAAGAGAUUCCCAAUCUAUCAUGAAGCUGGAGAGAAGGUAGUCCAAAUAGAUUCAAAGGACUUAAGUAUAACUCCUGAAACAAAGCCUAAAAGGAUAUUUGAAGAAGAAUAUGAAGAUCAAUACUAUGAUUCCUCGACCAUCAGCGAAGAUGAGCUUAAUAUUGAGAGUGAUAAAUUGAUAGAGAAAGUUCAGAACUUCAUUGAAAAAACAGACCAAUAUCAAUACACCACUCUAGGCAGUGGAUUAGGCCAGGAGGCUGGUCUUGAUCAUUCCUUUGGACUUCAGGAAUCUGAAGUUGGAAUAAAACAUUUAAAAGGCAACUCCAUAUGGGAUACUUUGAAGUUAAAGAAUCUAGAAGGACAAAAGAAGCAUAUGAGAAACCAUAAGAGCCUAUAUCAAGAAGGAAAUACUUUAAUGUUUACUCAAGCCAGAAAUUAA